AUGACAUUUGAAUUCAGUGAAAAAGGAAAUCAACAAUUGAAAAAUAUUAAAAUUGGUUUAAUUGACUUUAUUUCUGGAUCACUUGGUGGGAUAGCACUUGUAUAUGUUGGACAACCAUUAGAUACAGUUAAGGUAAAAAUGCAAACUUUUCCUACUAUGUAUAAAGGAAUGAUGAAUUGCUUUUUGCAAACACUAAAAACAGAUGGAAUAAUGCGUGGUUUAUAUGCAGGAACUAUACCUGCACUAGUUGCUAAUGUUGCUGAAAAUUCAGUAUUGUUUGCAGCAUAUGGAGGAUGUCAAAAAGUUAUUUCUAAUAUUUUAGGUAUCAAAAAAAUAGAAGAGUUAACUUCAAUGCAGAAUGCUUGGGCUGGAUUUUUUGCAGCAUUCUUUUCUUCAUUAACAUUAUGUCCUACAGAACUCAUAAAAUGUAAACUGCAAGCAGUAAGAGAAGUUCAAAUGGAAACAAAAUCAUCAGUAAUUGGAGUUAGGAAAGAAAUUGGACCAUGGGGGCUGACACGUCAAAUUCUUGAACAACAGGGCAUAAAAGGAUUAUUUACUGGUUUAUCAUCAACUAUAGCACGUGAAAUGCCUGGUUAUUUCUUUUUUUUUGGAGGGUAUGAAGUGACCAGAGAACUUCUAACAAAUCCAAAUGAAAGUAAGGAUGAUAUUGGGUGGCAGAAAACCAUGGUAGCUGGUGCUGUUGGUGGAAGUGUUUUAUGGCUUGUAAUAUUUCCAGCGGAUGUAAUUAAAAGUAGAAUACAGGUAAAGAAUUUAAAAACCCCAGCAUUGGUAGUUAUGAAAGACAUUGUGAGAAAUGAGGGUAUCAGUUCCUUGUACAAUGGUUUAAAACCAACAUUAAUAAGGACAGUACCAGCAACAGCUACAUUAUUUGUAACUUAUGAAUAUACCAAAAAAUUUAUGCUCGAUUUCUUUGAGAAUAGUUGA